AUGCCUAACAAGCCUACUUAUCCACCGAGUUUUUCUCAACAACAACCAAGAGCUCAACCUCAUCCUCCACAAGUUUCUCAAACAAGCUCUUUGGAGAAUUUGAUGAACGAGUAUAUGGCCAAGGAAUAUGCGGUGAUUCAAAGUCAAGCAGCGUCUUUGAGGAACCUUGAGAUUCAAAUGGGUGAUACCAAAAAUCCAAGGAGAGAUGGAAAAAAGCAUUGCAAGGCAGUCACUUUGAGAAGUGGUAAAAAUCUAGAGUCGAAUGAGGAAAAAUCUAAGAGAAAAAAUGAGCCCACUUCAGUCCAAACUAGUGUGGAAAAAAAAGAAAGAGUUGGAACUUCUAAUAUGUCAAAUUCUGAUCCUGAAGCAAAUGUUACAACAUUUUCUCAGCAAAAUUCACCAGAGAAGCUAAAUAGCAAGCCACCUCCACCAUUUCCCCAACAAUUUCAAAAGCAGCAGCAAUAUGGCAAAUUCUGGAGAUUUUUAGAUGUUUUGAAGCAACUCUACAUCAACAUACUAUUGGUGGAAGCUUUGGAAUAA